AUGUCUGACGUUGAAGCUCCAGUUGAAGUUCAAGAAGAUUUCGAAGUUGUUGAAGAAUUCACUCCAGUUGUUUUGGCUACUCCAAUUCCAGAAGAAGUUCAACAAGCUCAAACUGAAAUUAAGCUUUUCAACAAGUGGUCUUUUGAAGAUGUUGAAGUUAAGGAUGCUUCCUUAGUUGACUACAUCCAAGUUAGACAACCAAUCUUUGUCUCUCACACCGCCGGCCGUUACGCCAAUAAGAGAUUCAGAAAGGCUCAAUGUCCAAUUAUUGAAAGAUUGACCAACUCCUUGAUGAUGAAUGGUAGAAACAACGGUAAGAAAUUAAAGGCUCUAAGAAUCGUUAAGCAUACUUUAGAAAUUAUUAAUGUUUUGACUGAUGCCAACCCAUUACAAGUUGUCGUUGACGCCAUUGCCAACACCGGUCCAAGAGAAGAUACUACUAGAGUCGGUGGUGGUGGUGCUGCUAGAAGACAAGCUGUUGAUGUUUCUCCAUUAAGAAGAGUCAACCAAGCUAUUGCUUUGUUGACUAUUGGUUCUAGAGAAGCUGCCUUCAGAAACAUUAAAACUAUUGCUGAAACUUUAGCUGAAGAAUUGAUCAAUGCUGCCAAGGGUUCUUCUACUUCUUACGCUAUCAAGAAGAAGGAUGAAUUAGAACGUGUUGCUAAAUCUAACCGUUAA